AAAUAGAAGAAGAGUGUUGUCGUAGCAACCUGAAGCUUAAUGUUAUAGCGAAAGACUGUCCACAGAUUUUGUAGAUAAGUAUAACUGUUGCCUAAAAGCGUUAUAUUUAUGUUCUGCUUUGUCAUCUGUUAGAAACAAACUUACUUUCUGCACGCCAACUGAACUAUAUUAGCAGGUUUUAACACCUUUUAGAAAGCUGUUCAAUGUCGGUGGUAAGCAGUCUGGUGCCAGCCCGUUUCCUGACUCUCAUCGCGCACCUUGUAAUUGUCAUCAUCAUAUUCUGGUCUCGGGAGAACAGUGUCAGAGCCUGCCUACCACUGGAUUACACUAAUGAAGAAUACAGGUUAGAGGACACACGCCUUGUAGUGGGAUUAUCUGUGACCCUGGGACUGUUUGCUGUCGAGCUGGUUGGGUUCCUCUGUGGAAUCUCUAUGUUCAACAACAAUCAAGCUCUUCUAUCUAUUGGAUGUCAUGCCAGUGGCUCUGUGGCUUUGCUCUUCUUCUUGUUUGAGCAAUGGACCUGCAGCAUCUACUGGUGGAUCUUUGGCUUCUGUAGUGUGAUUCCAGCACUAUAUGAGAUGAUCCUUUUUGUUGUAGUGUUUGGAUUUAAGAGGAAGCCUCUAUGAGGAUCUCUGCACUCUUGGCUCAGGCAGAUAUUGUCCUUCCAUGACUGACGUACCAGAAUAUCCUGAAACCAGAAUAAUAUUCACUGGCACAAUAAAUUAGUGUUUUCCACGAGGCUUCUCUGGAGAGUUCUUAGACUGCUAAAUUAUGUUUGAAGGUUUUUUUAUGGUAUUAUGUGGAUACAAAUAACUGCUUUAAAUUUAUUUCUUGAAAAUAUCACAUUUUGUAUACAUUGUGUUGAAUUAAAGCAUGUUGUAUUUUGAUACAACUGAUCAACAAACUGGGCCUGUUCAUUCUUCACAUUUUCAAUAGAUUUGUACACCUAACAACUGUUAAUUAUAAACGCAGACAAUAUGCAUCUCACUUGUACUUUUUUACUUAAUUUAUACUAACUGCAUUCCCCAAAUUCAUACUAAAAACAAGAUUUUGUCAUAAUUUACUCAUCCUCAUCUCAUUCUAGAACUGGAUGAUCUACUUUCUUCUGUGAGGAAAAAAUAUAUAUAUAUUUUAAAGAAUGUUUCAACUGUUUUGUCAAUAUAGUGGACAAAAGAAUAUUGGACCCCAUUGACUUUUCUCGUAAGGACCAUAACAACACAGAUAUUUUUUUUUUAUAUUUUGUUUUAUGGUCCACAAAAGAAAGAAAGUCACAUAGGUUUAAAUAACAUGAUAUAAAUUAUGACACAAUUUUGGAGUGAAUUAUGACUAUAGGAUAUUUCUUUUUUCCAGGGUGAGAGAAACAUUUGGAGUGAACACUGAAUGUGAUGCUGUAAUCAUGAUCUGUUGACAUUUCAGCUGGAAGUGGAAGGUGGGUAACUCCAGGAGAAUGAGUGUGAGAAUUAGCCAACCAUCUGCAUAAGUCACAAGAUGUGUUGUAACUUUAACAAGUUAUCAUUUUUAUUUCAAGCAUAAUUGCCAGUCUGUAGCCUAUAUUUGCUGCACUCCUUAUUUUAGCUUAAAAUAACCCAGCAGUAAGAGGAGAGAAGUUCACCAUGGAGGAUUUCAUGUGAAUCCAAAUACCUCCAUGAUGUAUUCCAUCAGCUUACAAGGGUACAUUUAUAUUUAUGUUCUUAGCAAACAUCAAGGUGUUUGUUGAUAUGCUGUAGAACUGCCAAGAGAAGUUAGUCCUUCACAGGAGUGAUGAGUCUGUGAGCCUGCGAGGCACAUGCUGAGCUGAGCAUAGCUGACUUCAGCUGGACUACAGCACACACUCUUUCAUUAAGAUGGAUGAAAACACACAAAUGAACAGUGACAGUCACUACACUCCUAAAAGGUUCCAAAGGGGUUUUGCAGCAAUGCCAUAGAAGAACCAUUUCCCCAAAGAAGUAGAACCAUUUUUUCUUUAGUGCAAAGAACUUUUUUUUUUUUUUUAAUCUGAAGAGCUUUUUUCCAUUAUAAAGCUUUUGUGCAAUGGACAGUUCCCAUGGAUAUUAAAAGUUCCUCAUGGAACCAUAGAUGUCAAUAAAGAACCUUUAUUUUUAGGAGUUUAGAAUAAUGCAUUUAAGAGUUUAGAAUAUAAGACAUUCACACUACCAAAAAAGAAACCGCAAAACCUUACAAGGUAUAAGUUCUAUCUAUAUGCUAUUUUGUUAUCAUAUCGCAUCAGUUCUUAUAUGUGACCCUGGACCACAAAACCAGUCUUAAGUCGCUGGG